AUGGGAGACAGAGACGGAGAGAUUGUGAUAAGGAGAGAAACAGCGCGGGACGCAGCGGAGUCGAGUCCACUCAAGGACUCAAGGACUCGCGACAGCAACGCUAUCCAGCCAGAAGUGACAUCUCUGCUGAGAUCUUCACACUAUAUUUCCAACAUGCAUCUCGUCUUUCUUCUAGUGAUGACCGCCUCGCUCAUUGUCGGACUGAAACAGGAAGCAGAGGUGAAGCAGAACGUAGAGGAGGUGCCGUCACCAGGAAGUACAGCAGCAGCAGCAGCCAAUCAGGAGCCAGACAUCGAGGCCAUCCACAAACUCCUCAAGGAGAAUGCGGAGAAACGCCAGGCUGAGGCAGACGAGGAACGAAGCCAGGAGGCCUUCCCAGGAUACGAGAGGAAGAGGUGGCUGCUGCCCUUCAUGUGGAAACGGGCAGAUGAGGUCGGAAAAGAUGAACGGAGCCAGGAGGAGUUCCCCCAGUUCCAGUACCAGAAGAGGAGCCACCUGCUCCUGUCCGAGAUGGAGAAGCGCCAGGAGGAUGAUGACGACGAAGAACGCAGCCAGGAGUCUUUCCCCAGCUACAUCACCAAGAGGAAGAGCUUCCGUGGCGGGAGACCUAGCCAAAGCAGACACCACAGGAGCAUGGAACCUGAUGAGGAUGAAGAACGAAGCCAGGAAGCCUUCCCACAGAAGAGAUAUGCAGAUUACACAGACGAUAAUGAAGAGGAGAGGGUGAAGAGGAAGAGUUUCCGUGGCGGGAGACCUAGCCAAAGCAGACACCACAGGAGCAUGGAACCGGAGGAUGAAGAGAGAAGCCAGGAAGCCUUCCCCGAUUACCUUCCCGUGAAGAGAGACGCGGAGGGAGAUGAAGAUGAAGAGGCCAGGGUGAAGAGGAAGAGUUUCCGUGGAGGCAGACCUAGCCAAAGCAGACACCACAGGAGCAUGGGGCCGGAGGACGAAGAGAGAAGCCAGGAAGCCUUCCCUUACUCAGAGGAAGAGGAAGAUGAAGAGGCCAGGGUCAAGAGGAAGAGUUUCCGUGGUGGCAGACCUAGCCAAAGCAGACACCAUAGAAGCACAGAUGAAGAUGAGGAACGUAGUCAGGAAGCCUUCCCACAGAAGAGAUAUGGUGAUUACAUAGACGAUGAGGAUGAGGAGAGGAUAAAGAGGAAGAGUUUCCGCCCUUCAGGCCGACCCCAUCAAACCAGACGCCACAGAAGCACGGAGCCCGGAGAGGAGGAUGAGGGUGAGGAGGAAGAAGAGAGAGUGAUCAGGAAAAUUUGGCGACCAUCAGGCCGAUACCAUCAGACAAGGAAGCACCACAGAAGCCUAGAACCCGAAGUGGAAGAGGAUGCAGAGGAAGAUGAAGAGGAGAGGGAGAAGAGGAAGAGUUUCCGGGGCGGGAGACCUAGCCAAAGCAGACACCACAGGAGCAUGGAACCUGAAGAUGAAGAACGGAGCCAGGAGGCCUUCCCAAACUCAGAGGAGGAGGAAGAUGAAGAGGCGAGGGUGAAGAGGAAGAGUUUUCGGGGCGGGAGACCUAGCCAAAGCAGACACCACAGGAGCACAUCUCCUGAAGAUGAAGAACGUAGCCAAGAGGCCUUCCCCAACUCAGCAGAGGAGGAAGAUGAGGAGGAGAGGGUGAAGAGAAAGAGUUUCCGCGGCGGAAGACCUAGCCAAAGCAGACACCACAGAAGCACAGAACCUGAUGAAGACGAGGAACGUAGUCAGGAAGCCUUCCCACAGAAGAGAGAUGACGAUUACACAGACGAUGAGGAUGAGGAGAGGAUAAAGAGGAAAAGUUUCCGCCCCUCAGGCCGACCCCAUCAAAGCAGACGCCACAGAAGCACAGAUCCCGAGGACGAUGAAAGAAGCCAGGAAGCCUUCCCUGAAAUCCUGACACAGAGGAGAUACGCCGACUACGCCGACGAUGAGGACGAACAGGAGAGGAUCAAGAGAAAAAGUUUCCGGGGUGGUAGACCUAGCCAAAGCAGACAUCACAGGAGCAUGGAACCUGAUGAAGAUGAAGAACGUAGCCAGGAAGCCUUCCCACAGAAGAGAUAUGCAGAGGAAGAGGAAGAUGAGGAGGACCAGAACAGGGUGAAGAGAAAGAGCUUCCGUGGCGGGAGACCAAGCCAGAGCAGACACCACAGGAGUAUGGAGCCUGAUGAAGAUGAAGAGAGAAGCCAGGAAGCCUUCCCCGAUUACCUGCCCAUGAAGCGAUAUUUGGAAAACUCAGAAGAGGAGGAGGAAGAUGAGCAGAAUAGGAUCAAGAGAAAAAGUUUCCGUCCCUCAGGCAGACCGCAUCAAAGCAGACGCCACAGAAGCAUGGAGCCCGAGGAGGACGACGAAGAGCGGAGCCAGGAAGCCUUCCCAGACUACCAGGACAGGAUCAAGAGAAAGAGCUUCCGUCCCUCUGGUGGGAGACCCCACCAAAGCAGACACCACAGGAGCAUGGGGCGCGGAGAAGGGGCAGAGGAGGCGGAAGAGGAGGAGGCCCUGAGGGAGCUUGGAGAACGUCUGCUGGCAGCGGAGGAGGCGCAAGAGGAGGAGAAGCUCAACCCCUUGAUCCCCCGAGGCUACUACUACCCACCGGCCUGGUACAAGAGGAGCGUGGCAGCCUCGGCCGCAGCCAACAACCUGGCUCGCCUGCUAAGUUAUAAGAGGCCCCAGCUGUCACGGCCAGGCGCGGCACCGGAGCCACCCCAGCAGAGACCGCUCACCCCAGGGGAGGAAAAGGAACUGUCUAACUUGGCAGCUAUAGACCAGGAGAUGCAGGUGAUCGCCAACGACAUCCAUAAGGGCCGCGCGGACUGAACAAGGACGUUCCAGCAGGGGGCGCCGUCUGAAGAGACGGACAACAACAGUCUGGGUUCCCCUGGCUGGUCCCCACGACCUAACUGUAACUGUACAGAAACUUGGGUGUGCAAGCCAACAGGAGCCGACUGUAAAUAUAGCCAUUCAUCUCCGUAGUUACUGUUACAAUAACCGUGUUUUUGAUUAUGUAAACACUAAACUGUGACUUUGUCAAUAUGCAAUCUCUAGUGACCGUAGUCCAGCCCCCCUUGUAGACUUGAAAGGGGUGCUGUUUAGCUGUGAUGUAGAAUAGCUGUCUUGUUGUGUUGGCUUCGGCCUCGAUCAGCUUCACAAGAUAGCGCGCUUCAGUUAGCAGCUUCUUUUUUUUACUCGUUUCCUGCUCCUUAAUGGCCUUCGUUACCACACAGGUACAACAUAACCUAAUGUUAAUUGAUCUUUCAUUGAUUUUCCAUGGAUGAGCACGACUACAGCUGAGACUAAGAUGAAUGAGCAGCCUUCUUUUAGUCCUGUGAGAACUGUGAG